CACGCCCAGCACAUGGCAGCCAGGCCGCCAGGAGAACAGAGAGCAAUGAGCAACCAGUCGCCAGGGUGGUGUUGAUGCAUGAAGUCUCCAUGAAUCGCCCGCGAAGGGUGCUGCUGCCGGGAUGGCCGAACAGGCGGAUAACCCUUGGAUUGGCGUUGGUAUGGGUUACAUGUGUCACGCGGUCGCGGUCUUUGCCUCCGGUUGCGUUUGUUGCGGGGGCAGUCUCCAGAGGUUGUUGCAUCAACGGCAGCAGCGGGACAUCGAGGAGCAAUGGCGGAGACAGCAGUGGACAGCUCCUGGUGGGAGAUGAGAGACUGUGGUUGAAAUUCCUACCAGUCUUUUGUGAUCAAGGGAAACCUCGAAGUAUUUGCUCCAGAGCUACUACAUCCCAAGAAGGCGGCGGACACGGGGAUACAGAGGGAGCGGAGGAGGGGGAAGGGCAAAGGGGGCCACGCGACGGGAAACAGGGCAGGGUACGAAACCAGGAGAGAGAACGAGCGCCCAGCGUCGGUGCUGCUGUUUACGUCGGCGGGGAUACGGGAGGAGGCACACAGGUUAAGGGUGAGGGCGGCAAGAGUAAACGAGCGCGGCUUACUGCUGCGGAGAAAGCCCAACAAAAGGCUUUCCGGGGCAGGCGCAUCGAGGACACGGUCGACCUCAUGGAAACGUUGAUGAAUUCGGAGGUAGACCUGCAGGACGUGCUGCGGCAGUAUUCUUCUACCGCGACGGACGCGGAAGGGCUUCUGAAAGAGGAGCGCCUGGUCGGCGAGAUAGCGCGCCCGGUCGUGGCGCGUAUCAGGCGGUACAGGACAAGGAUUGCGGCCCUCAGGAGACAGGCGGCCAGGAGGCUCGCCGAACACGACCCCUCGACGAGGAGGCCGGAACGGAGGAAGAGAAAGGUCAAGCCCUUCCCGACGACGGCGAAGGAAAUCGACGAUUUUCUCCUCAGCUAUAAAGUCACUGUUUGGGACGCGAUUCGAUCGUACGAAGUUAUCACUACGGGCGAGAAAAUUCGAAGGCAGAAGAUAGCCCUGAGCAUUACCGACCCCGUCCAAUGGGAGGCGAACAGAAUGGAAGAGCUCGAGCGGAAACGUGCCAUGCAGAAAGACCCGGACGAGCUGCGGGAGGAGCGACGGCUCAGGGCCAUCCGCAGGUACGAGACCAGGCGGCGGAACGGCAACUCGGGCAAGGGGAAGCCGAGGUCAAAGGCCGACCAGAGGAAGGCCGAGGAGCUGGCGGCCGCGAGGGCCGCGGCGAUCGCCACCGGCCUCGCCACCGAGGCCGACUUCGCUCCCCCGGCCCCUAGGAGAGUCUUCAAGAAGGACAUCCCCACCGUGAAGCGGAGGCGCGGCAGGCCGCGGAAGGUUCUGACGGAGGAGGAGAAGAUGGCCCGGGCGUUGCGCCAGGCCAACGGCCCGCUGCCGAGAGGCAGGCAGCGCGACCUGACGGGCCCGCCGCUGCCGCUGGACGCGCCGUGCCACGUGACCGCCGCCGUCACCGAGAACGUGAGGGAGUGGAUGGCGGCGGCGGCGGCGGAGGCCGCGGCGGCGGCGAUGAGCAACGGGGUCCGGAGCGUGACCGCGGCCGACCUCGAGGCCCACGCGAAAGCCCUCGCCGUCUCAAAGACGAAGGAGGUUACGGGGGGCGGGGGGCGGGGGGGCGGGGGCGUGUGGACGGCGGGGAUGACGAGGAUCGCGCUCGCCGGGAUAGAGGCGUGGAAGGACAAGUGGAGAGAGAUUUAUCCUGACGCCGUGACCGGGCCCGGCACUAGUUCCUCGGGUGCGGCGGGAGAAGAACAAGGCGGGAACAAGUCUCCGUUGCCGUGCCUCGCUCAUGGCAGUGGUGGCGACGAACGAGACGCCGGGGAGGGAGAAAAAGAGGUAGAGAGUAGAGUCGUUGGAAGGGCUGGUGGUAGUGGUGGUGCCGCCGCGGCCGCCGCUCCUUCGAGAGGCGACGGAGCUCGUGCGGAGAUGAGAGAUUCUAGUGCCGGCCGUGACGGUGGCGGCAACAGCGGUGGUGAUGGUGUUGGUGGGGCUGAUGCUUGUGCUGCGGUAGGGCCAUAAUUGGCUGUUUUGACUUCGGUGAUGGGCAGUCCAGAUUGCAGUCAGUCAUGGAGGGUGUUCGCCUCCGGUUAUCGCGAUCGUCGUGGGCGCUAUUAGGGUGCAUCUACUGUCGUUGAUUUCUAUUGACUUGCGAACCCCGGGUCCAUUCAUUUGCGUUUACCUCUUUUGGGUGAGUUAGCCUCUGACCACGGGAAUCGACCGCGUCAAGUGUUGGACUGUUACGGACAGAAGAAGGUACUGCUUGGUGGAGAGAACGGAACGUUUUUUUUGUGUGAAGACAACACCAACAACUAGUCUAAUCGCUGUCAUUGGUAUUCUUGCUUACGCUUGGUAGCUGCCAUUUUCACCUCCGGAGACGCCAAACAGUUAACAUAAGUUACUGUAGGUCGGCAUUUCUUUAUGUCCCCUACCUCUUAUGGUUUUCUUGUGGUACUUCGCUCCUGUGUGUUGUGGCUGCACGGAGCCGUGUUGUGCGUUCUUGGUUGUUUUCGGAGUGCUGGUGUGCCUUGCACACUCGGUAAGGUUCGUGAUUCCGUGUCGAUACCUAAAGCCAACUUGCGUGUACCGGGAUGAUCCGAUGAAGGGUGCAAUAUCUUCUUGUGUCUGUGGGUGCGAUGCGGUGUCAUUUCAGGAUUUUCUGGCUUGAUUUGGUGUUUAAAGCGUAUGGAGGCAGCACGCACACAUGCGUCUGUACAUGCGAUGUACCAAAUAAA